CAUAUGUCUGAAAAAAUUUUGUGACUUGUGAAAUAAAAAUUAAAAUAGUGACCACUGGUCAGUUUCUUCUGGUUUCUUCAUUUGUUAUUAAACCUUGUGUUAUUAACAACGAUUUUGUCUACAAGUUCUAUGUACUGGAGAAAAAAUACGUUUCAAUAAAAAGUACUCUUUAAUAUUUUGAAAUUAAAGUACAUUUUAUUCAGUGAGGUUGCUUUUUAUGAAUUAUAAUUAUUAUUUAUAUCCAAUGUCUUCCACAAUAUUGCCUAUUCUUAGGCUAAAAAUUAGAAGGACGUUACUUCAAAAACUUUUGUAUUCAACUAAAACAAAUCCAAACGAAAAAUCUCUUGGAAAAGUUGUAAAUGCAGCUAUUAUAGGAGCCCCUAAUUCUGGAAAAAGUACACUUAUAAAUAAAAUCUUGGAACGAAAGAUUUGUCCUACUUCUAAUAAAGUUCACACAACAACCAGACUCGCUAGAGCUAUUUGUUAUGAAAAUGAUACCCAAAUUAUAUUUUUGGAUACUCCUGGUGUAAUAACGGAUAAGGAACAAAACAGAUACAAAUUACCAGAAUCCAUGAGACAGGCAUGCAAGAAAAGUUUGAUCUGCGCAGAUGUAAUAGGCGUGGUACAUGAUGUCUCAAACAGAUGGACUAAAGAUAGAUUGCAUACAACUGUACUCGAGCUAUUGAAUAUGGUUACACAUGUGCCAAGCUUCUUAAUAAUUAAUAAGGUUGACAAGUUGAAAUCAAAGAAACAAUUGCUAGAUAUUAUAAGAAGCUUAACAAAUGGAAUUAUUGCUGGAAAUCCAAUGCCCAAAGCUAAUAAACAUAAAUCAAAAGAAGAGGAGAAUGGAUACAGCUAUUUUUCUGAUGUCUUCUUGGUAUCAGCUUUAAAUGGAGAUGGUGUUAAGGAUAUCAAGGAUUAUCUUAUGACCAAUUCCAAAGUCCGCGCUCUGCAGUACUCUCCUGAAGAAUGGACGGACCACUCGCCCGAAACUCUCAUAGAAGAUGCAACUAGAGCUAAAUUUUUAGACUUUCUAUCACAAGAAAUGCCUUAUAAACUAGAGAUUAAGCUUGAAUAUUAUGAUUUUAAUGAAAUGGAGGAUAGAAUCAUUUGUUCAGUAUCUGUUGCGUGUCCGACGGAAAGAUUAGUCAAACUUAUUGCGGGCGCAGGAGGAGGUCGCUUGCACCAAAUAAAGUCAUCGUUAAGAAGCGAUCUAGUUGAUAUGCUACAAAAACCUGUCACAUUAGAUAUUAAUUUAAUUGUUAAAAACAAAUGAGCAUCCAAGAUGUACAAUAAUAUAUGAAUAAUAUAAUUACAAUAUACAAAUUAUAACUAAAUAUAA